UAUUUUUUGAACUCAAAAACUUCGAAGGUAUCUAUCAAAGGAGUUCAUCAAAUUAUUUUGGUCGGCAUUUUACAUUAUUUACUUCUCAGUUACAUAGCACCCUUAUUUCUUUAGAUAUGGAGUGUUCAAGUGGACGUUUGGAUUGG